UUUUAUGUGACUUGGUUUCUUAUCUUUUCGAUGUUCAUCAAAGGCGGCAAGUGAGGAAAGUUUGGGUAACUGACAUUUAUUCCUUGUUAAAUCUUGUUUGUCUCAUUGUGACAGUAUUCAUGACCUACUUUGUUUCAACAUGUCAUUUCUAACUCUUCUUUAUCGCAUUGCUUUUGUGACAAGUAUUCACAGGCUUUCAAGGUCUCUGAGUCUUCUGCCAAUUGUGUUAAUGCAAGUUCUUCGAGACUUUUUGAACGAAAUCGCGAAGAAAAUGCGUUACAAGGGUCUAACUGGCUUCUUCAAGGGCUUAAACACCACUAUCAUGCAGUUUGGUUUCAGUAGCGAUGAUCUUUAUGAUCAAGGAGUUUGUGAAAGCAGUUUUCGCAAUGGUUACGAAGCAGGUGAAGAUUUCCGAAGUGGCACUGUUGAAACUUCCCCACAUGUUAUUCUAUAGUUUCGUUCUCCUUUUUUGAGAGCGCUAUAUUGCACUCCUGUGGAGGUGAUAAAACAUGAAUUUCAUUCCACUAAUCAGCUGAUGCAUUUAUUAAGGAUAAUCUUGACGUAGUCCAGAUUAAUGCAACAUAAUCAUUGGUUUCCCACAUACAUUGAGAUCGAUAUACCAUAGCUUGAACAAUAACAUAUUUGGCUCUUUCUUUUGCCAAUAUUUCAGUUCUGUUUUGUUUAUUAAGGCUAAAAUUGAGAAAGAGGGGAUAUUAUUCCAAUUUAAA